UGGCGCCGCCGCCUGGGGGCAGCCGGCUGUGAGCCCCGUGGACAGGGGCGCCUGGAGACCGCCUCUCGUGAGGCACUAGGUCCUGGUACUUGCUGGGGGUGGGGAGGGAGAGGGGCGCACAGCGCCCAGAGGCGGAAGCCAAGCGCGUGAGUCACUCUGUUCCCCUGGGUUAGGAGCGGGACUUUGCCUCCCGCCUGGGGUCUGCAUUUCAGCUCCAGCUUCAGCGACUCAUCCCAGCAGGCUGACCCCCUCCAGAGGCUGGACCAGCUGCCUCUCAGUCUAGUGUUUUCUGCAUUCUGUCCCAGCGGAUCUGAUUCCUGUUCUGAAGAAUUGAAGUUCAGCAUCGUUAGUUAAAUUCAGCUGCUGCCUGACUGUACACCACAGCAAAGGCUUUGGAGACAUUUUACAGUUAAAACUAUAAUGACUUUCUUGGAGUGUAAUCCCAGUGGAGGCUGUUCUACAUAUAGCCUGAAAGAAUACUUAACUACCAUCAGCAAUUCUGCAGAGACCUUGUAAAAAACAAACUUUACACCAAACAACUGAGUGAUUCUGAGUUGGUUGGGGGAACCUUAGUUGUAGAUAUCAAUUUACCUCCUUGAAGAUUCGACCACUGCUACUCAGAGAGCUGCUUCUGAAAUACCAUGUCUAAGAACUCAGAGUUCAUCAAUCUGUCAUUUUUAUUAGAUCAUGAGAAGGAAAUGAUCCUGGGCGUCCUAAAGAGAGAUGAAUAUUUGAAAAAAGUGGAGGACAAGAGAAUAAGGAAGCUGAAAAAUGAACUCUUAGAAGCAAAACGUAGAAGUGGGAAAACUCAACAAGAGGCCAGCAGAGUUUGCGUUCACUGUCAGAGAAACCUGGGCCUAAUCUUUGACCGGGGAGACCCUUGUCAGGCUUGCUCACUGAGGGUAUGCAGGGAGUGUCGAGUUGCAGGUCCUGAUGGCAGCUGGAAGUGCACUGUCUGUGACAAAAUCGCGCAGCUGAGAUUAUAACUAAUUGAGUGGUUUGAAGAAAAGGCAAACGCUUCCAAGCAAGUCAAUGUUCUCAGCACUGAUGUUGUCGACAGUCCAUUUAAGACGAAGUCAGCUGAAGAAGUACAGAGCAAGAGCAAACCUGCCAGGAUACAAGAGUCAGACACUUCACCUGUUGCUGGGAAGAGGCCAGCCAUAGUGGACCCAAGAGAAGGAUUUCUUCUUAGCAAGUUCAGAUCAACAGCAACCAGAGGAGAAAUCAUAACUCCCAAACUCAAAGUGGGCCGGAGCUAUAGCUUGAAUUUAGACGGUCACUUUAGGAGUUUAAAGUCAGCUCUGGAUUCAGACAGGGGAAGCACUGGCUCAUCAGAUCUCAAUGACCAGGAAGCUGGUUCUAGGACCCCAAAGAGCAGUAGGAGCAGUGGUGUGACCCCAGUCACUCAGAGGUCUCCAGCCCCAAGCACACGAAGUGUGACCUCAGUCAUCAGUAGAGAGUAUGGUUUUGAAAAUUCCACAGAUUUGGCUGCUCUUGAAGGUACCUCUCAGGAGUUCACAAAGAGUCACCGCAGAAACACUUCUGGCACACCUUCCAUAGCAGUGUCUGGAACCUCUCUCUCCUCAGAUCGGAGUCGAUCUGAGUUAGAUUUGAGUGAGUCAUUUACAGAAGACUUAGAGGAUACAGUAAGCAUAAGAAGCAAAUCUGUCCCUGGGACUUUAGACAAGGACUCCUUGGAAGAGACUGAAGAAAGCAUUGAUGCCUUAGUGUCCUCGCAGUUAUCUACAAACACGCACAGUCUGGCAAGUGGCCUAUCAACUAAUUCUCAAGCAGGUUCUGACAGGAAGUGGACCUUCCUAAAUGUGCCUGAUGCUGACUCAGACACUACCAGUCUUAACAGCAUGAUGAGUGUUUACAGUGAAACCGGAGACUAUGGCAACGUGAAAGUCAGUGGUGAAAUCCUUCUCCAUACCAGCUACUGCUACAAAACUGGUGGGCUCUACAUUUUGGUCAAGAAUUGCAGAAAUCUGGCCAUAGGAGAUGAAAAGAAACAGAGGACAGAUGCUUAUGUCAAGUCAUACCUUCUUCCUGACAAGUCCCGGAACAACAAGCGUAAGACCAAAAUCAGAACAGGCACCAAUCCAGAAUUCAAUGAAACACUAAAGUACACCAUCAGCCAUACCCAGCUGGAAACAAGAACUCUGCAGCUGUCAGUCUGGCACUAUGAUCGAUUUGGACGUAAUAGCUUCCUCGGGGAAGUAGAGAUUCCUUUUGACUCAUGGAACUUUGAAAAUCCAACUGAUGAGUGGUUUGUGCUUCAACCCAAGGUAGGAAAUGCUCUUAGAUUAGUCAGUUAUGCAAUGAUACAAGUUAUGAGCGAAAUUGAUGUCAUAGACCUAAAGAACUCGAAGACUUUCAAAUUUCAAGUGAUAAUCUGCAAAAAAUUUGUACAGGAAAUUUUGGAAUAAUAUUAUAAAAAUGUUGUAAAUCCACCGCUUUGGAAAUUCUUUGUCAAUAUAGGUCUU